AUGACGCCGAGACUGCACGAGCUGACGGCAACUCAAGUGCUUGAGCUGCUACAAAAUAACACAGUCACGGUGGAGACAUACGCGCGGAGGCUUCUAGACCAUGUCAAAGAGACUGAGAGCAUCGUAAAAGCAUGGGCGUUUCUUGACCCUGGGCUUGUAAUUGCUCAAGCUCAGACUCUCGAUCAAGUCCCUGUCGGCGAAAGAGGGCCUCUGCAUGGUCUUGCCAUUGGAGUCAAGGACAUUAUGAAUUCCAAGGGCAAAACUACGACGACCGAGUUCGCUGUGACAAACUCAGGACCUGACACAACAAAUCCUUGUGAUCCGAAGCGCACCCCUGGAGGGUCUUCAUGCGGAUCAGCCGCAGCUGUGGCGGCGUUGCAUGUUCCGCUCAGUCUCGGAUCACAAACCGGAGGAAGUCUUAUUCGCCCAGCAUCAUUCACGGGAGUCUAUGCUCUCAAGCCGACCUUUAACACUAUCUCGACAGAAGGCCAAAAAGCAAUCGCGCCCAUAUUCGACACAUGUGGAUUCUUUGCUCGAUGCGUAGAAGACUUGAAGAUCCUCGCUGAUGUUUUCGGCAUCGAAGAUGAUGAGCCCGCAAGGGAUAUGCUACUGGGAGAAAUGUCAAUUGCUCUUAUGAAGACUCCAAUGUGGCCCACGGCAGGACCUGGUACUAUAUCUGCCAUCGAGGCGGUCACAGUAAUCCUUCGAGAAAGAGGAAUCAAGGUUGAGGAGGUCUCAUUUCCACCUGAAAUAUCGGAUCCCGAGGAACUAGAUAGACUUCAACAAGUCAUCACUCAAGCUGAAGCCCGGAUUUCCUUUCUCCGAGAAUACCGAAUUGACAAGGACAAUCUGGCCCCAGAAAUUUGCGAGAUAGUCGAGAAUACCGCCAGAAUAACGCAUAAAGAGAGGGAGCAGGCUUCUGACAGGUAUUCUCACAUACGACGCAUCAUCAGUGACUUGGCUAGAGGGUACACAGUCAUCCUCACCCCUAGCGCAGAAGACGAGGCUCCUGUUGGGCUCGGUGACAUGGGUCGCGCGACCUUCAACACGAUAUGGACGGUUAGUGUUCCCCUAUACCUAUCAGUCACUCUUCAGGCUGACGUUCUAUAG